AUGAAGCUUACACUCGUCACGGCGCUGGCGGCACUGGCGCCGCUCUGCGCCGACGCCAUGCAGACGCCGAGCUACCAGCAUCUCCCUCCUCUCCGCGAGCAGGCCGCCCUUCAAGACAAGUGGUAUGCAGAGCGCAAAGAGGCGAUUCCCGCUCUUCUCCAAAAGCACGGCGUCGACGCCUGGCUGAUCAGCCAGCGCGAGUACGCCGAGGAGACCGUCUUCUGGUCCCUCACCUCGUCCUUUUCCGCGCGCCGCCGCACCACCAUCCUCUUCUUCGCGCCCUCCGCCGCCGACCCCUCGCUGCCCACGUCCUACACCUUCAUCGACAACACGGCACAGGUCUGGGACGACGUGCGCGGGCUGCUCGCGCGCCACGACCCGGCGCGCAUCGCCGUCAACGCGCACCCGGAGAUCGCUUUUGCCUCGGGCCUGCACGCCGGGGAGCUGGCGGCCGCGCGGCGCGGGCUCGGCGACGUCUGGGCGGACCGCUUCGUGCUCGACGAGGUGCCGAUGCUGGCCGUCGAGUACAUUGGCACGCAGAUCGCCGCGCGGCUGCCGUGGUACAAGCGCAUGCAGGAGACGGCGUGGGCCAUCAUCAGCGAGGGCUUCAGCGAGGGCGUCGUGACGCCGGGCGAGACGACGGCCAGGGACGUCGAGUGGUGGAUGCGCGAGCAGAUCCAGAGCCUCAACUACACGACGUGGUUCCACCCGAGCGUGACCAUCAUCAAGCCCGAUACGCCCUGGGGCGCGGCGGCAGCAGCAGUGGACGAGCAGGCGGCCGAUGAAGAGUCGAUUCAGCACGGGGAUCUGCUGCACGUCGACUUUGGCGUCUCGGCGCUCGGCAUGAACACGGACACGCAGCAUCUCGCGUACGUGCUCUACCCGGGCCAGACGUCGCACGACGACGUCCCGCAGGGCUUCCGCGACGGCCUGAAAAAGGGAAACCGUCUUCAGGACAUGACGCGCAAGCACAUGAGGCCCGGCCGCACGGGCAACGAGAUCCUGGCGGCCAUCCGUCGCGAGAUGAAGGACGAGGGGCUAGAGGGCAAGAUUUACUGCCAUGCGAUUGGCGACUGGGGCCAUUCUGCCGGUACAGUCAUUGGCAUGACAAACUUGCAGGACCACGUGCCCAUCCUCGGCGAUCUGCCUUUGAUCAACAACACCUGGUACAGCGUCGAGCUGCGCGCUGACCAUUUCGUGCCCGAGUUCAACGCCACCUUCAGCUUCCCGCUCGAGGAGGACGUCUAUUGGACCCCCGAAGGCGGUUUCGAAUGGUUGCAAAUUUACUGA